UUCGGGCCUGCUCGAGUUUUAAUUUUUAACGUUAUCGUAAACAAAGCGUUUCAGUGUGCGACUGUACCACUCAUAAGCCACGACUGACUUGCUGAAAUUACAGCGCUUGUCAUUUGUCAGAUUCCAGUUUUGUCUUGAUUCUUCAUUACUACUUUGUGAACUGUAACUAGUCGUCAUUCGUCACUACUCAUCUUGUCGGCAAACGACGUUUCGCAUUGCCAAUUUCGGUUUUUUGAAUGUUACAAGUACCGUCUCGAUCAUCUACAGUUUUUUAACAGCAGAUUGCCGUAAUAGGUCAUCGCAAUGGCCGAACGUCUGGAAGAUUUAAAUUUACCGGUGACGGCGAUCACCCGUAUCGCCAAGGAAGUGUUGCCGGCCAACAUCAUUGUGUCGAAAGAAGCCAAGACAGCAUUGGCUAGAGCAGCGUCCGUGUUCAUAUUGUAUGUGAGCAAUCAAGCCACCACGAUAGCAACCAGCAGGAACAAAAAGACAAUCAGUGCCCAAGAUGUGCUGGAAGCUUUAGCACAGGUUGAUUUUGAAUGUCUGAUUGAACCGCUACAGCAACUGUUGGAAGAUUUCAAGUCGACAAAACAACAAAAGAAGGAUACCAAAAAACCAACCCCGAACAAAAAUGCAGAUGAUGCAGACGUCAUUGAUUUGGUCGAUGACGAUCUGGAAUUGUGAUUAUUAUUAAGUAAUUAAUUUUUUUUUUUUU